AUGGGGAUCGAGGAUGUCUAUCACGAGAUUAGUCACCUCCAAGUCCUGCGUCGAUUGCCGCCACUGAAGUCUGACCCGAUGCUGAGAAACCAAAACAAAUAUUGUAGGUUUCAUAGCGAGAGUGGGCACACCAUAGCCGAAUGCUAUGACCUGAAGGACGGGAUCGAGAGAUUGAUCCGAGAAGGGAGGCUCAGUGAGUACCGAGCCGACUGUCAGAACAACAAUAAUCGAUGCAACAAUGACCGACGGGAGGAUCAGAGGCAUGACAAUCCGCCCGAAUCCGUCGGUGUUAUAAGAACGAUUUUCGGAGGGCCAUACCUCGGUGGCACCUCUCACCGUGCACAAAAGGAUUACGUGCAAGAGGCGAGGGACAAGUUCAACCGGAGGGUCAUGAACGUCUCCGGAAGAGAGGCCAAGGCAGCGCGAUACGAGGAGGCCGAGAUCAAGUUCUUGGAGGCCGAUGUGAAUGGGGUGCAUUUCCCCCAAAGCGACGCUCUAGUCGUGGAGGCCAUGAUCGGUAACCACACAGUUUGCCGUAUCCUGGUCCACAAUGGUAGUUCGGUGGACAUCUUGUACUCCAGCUGCCUCGACAAGAUGGGGAUUCCCCGCGUGAGGCUGCAAAACAACGCACAGCCUCUAUAUGGCUUCACCGAGGACAGUGUCAUCCCAGAAGGGGUGAUAGAGCUACCUAUGACCAUUGGAGACCGAUCACAGACCUCGACUAUAAUGUCAAAGUUCUUGGUGGUGAAGGGAGGUGACCAAUACAACGCGGUCAUAGGGCGCCCAACCUUGAGGUCAUUAAAGGCGGUUAUGUCAAUCUAUCACCAGAUGAUGAAGUUUUCGACUCCCACCGGGAUCAGAAAAGUCUGA